AUGCCCCAACAUUCAAAGCAAGAUUUGUUAUCUAUUAAGGAAUGGAUGUCGAAAGAACCCUAUUUACCUCAAGAUCUUGAUGAUAAAAUGCUUAUAUGGUUCUUACAUAGCUGCUACUUUAGUCUGGAAGCGACUAAGAGGUGUAUAAAUAGAUUCUGCAUAACACGUGCACAGAUGCCUGAAGUAUAUAUCUCUCGAGAUCCACUGUCUGACAACAUACGUAAUAUGUUGGAUCAUAUAGUCUUGGGGAUAUAUGAGUUCGAUGGUAAAGAUGUUGUCAUACAUAAACUUGACGAUCCUACGUUGGAUAAUUUUAAUUUUUAUGAUUAUUUGAAAACUUUAACAAUCCAAGGCGACACCUGGAUCAAAUAUCACCCGAACUUACCAGAUGGACAUUACAUAGUCAUCGAUAUGUCAUGUUUUUCUUUCAAAUUGGUUUCAAAGAUUAAUAUUAUGUAUUUAAGGGAUUUCAUAUUGUAUCUACUCGAGGGAAUGCCAGUUCGUGUAAAAAAAGUGAUUGGUAUAAAUGCUCCUUCUUAUUACGAAAAAUUGUAUGCACUUGUCAAGCCAGUCUUGCCUGCUGAGAUCAUUGAUGUAAUUCACUUUUUUACUGACUACGAAAGCUUGCACCAAUUUGUAGAUAAAAAAUAUCUGCCGGUAGAGUACGGUGGUGAAGCUCAAAGCAUGUACGAACAAAACCAGGAGUGGCGUAAAAAAUUCGAUAGAGAAAGAAAGUUUUUCUUAGAUGACAAUGUGUGGAAAGCGGAUACAAAGAAGAUAUCGAAAAUUGCUAAUAAUACUAUGAGCGGUUCCUUCAGAACUUUAUCAAUAGAU